UGAGUAAAUAUAGUAAUAUACAUUUGACUUCACAAUCUGCAAAAUCAAACCCAAAAAAUCAUGUACACCUAAUUACUUGCGAGAACAAGAUUUAUGUACUAAAUAAAACACCACUCACUAAUCAUAAUAUGCAUUUUCCGUUUAGGUUAAGAGCUACGAAAAAUAUAAUUUGGGUUUGGUAGAGCUGAAACAAAUAAUUAACAGCUUAACUGCCGACAAGACUUUCACCACACACCAAACCAGAAAAGAAAGUAGAGAUCCAAUCAACCCGGAAAAUCCCCAAUUGCCAUUUCGAUCCAGAAAUUGAAUUGCACGCUUCACUUUCGUUACUAUUGAAUUGGCAGCACGGGGAAUUCCGGUAAAACAUUGUAUUCAUCCGGUUUUCAGAUUAAGCUUUCUUUAGUUUUCCUGUUCGAUUUCGAAAGAAACAGCUAAUAUUGAAAUGCGGGUUAGAGUUUAGGGUUUAAAUGGGCAAUGAUAGAUAACGAUUUAGAAAGUGUUGAGGAAGGUGGAGCGAGUAAGGUCAAGCGAAUCGGAAUCAGGAGGGAACCUUCGUUCUCGGGCUGGUACGACGAGGAUGGAAUCCCGUAUCCAUCUCAGUUGAUAAAUGACGAAGUGAAUGUAGAAGAAUUCGAUUUUAAUUUGCCCUUGGCUCAGACACGUAGCUCCGAAAACGACAGUUUAGACAGAGAGAGAUUUAGUCCUAGGAUGGAGCGUGUUGUCGGAAGAGAGAGUGACGGUGCUUCCGCGAAUGGUUUGAGAGAUCAAACCGAAAAGAGUUACGCUCCUUUCGACAUUGAAAACGCCGACGAAGAUGAGAGAUAUACUAACCAUAUAGUCGAUAACCAAAAUGCACGUAAUCCGAUAUCGAUGGCUGAUGUGCUCAAGACACUGUUCUUUAUACUCGUUUGGUACACGUUCAGUACAUUCCUUACACUGUAUAAUAAAACUUUAUUAGGGGAUGACAUGGGUAAAUUCCCGGCCCCACUAUUGAUGAACACAGUUCACUUUUCGAUGCAAGCUAUACUUUCAAAAGGCAUCACAUGGUUUUGGUCGGACCGAUUCCAUUCCUCCAAUAUGUCGUGGAAGGAUUAUUUCGUACGAGUUGUACCUACGGCUCUCAGCACUGCGAUGGAUGUUAAUCUGAGCAAUGCAUCUCUCGUUUUCAUCUCCGUCACGUUUGCCACUAUGUGUAAAUCAGCAUCACCAAUAUUUCUCCUUAUUUUUGCCUUUGCUUUCAGAUUGGAGUCACCAAGUGUUAAGCUACUUGGCAUUAUGUUAGUAAUCUCUGUUGGGAUACUAUUAACAGUUGCAAAAGAGACAGAGUUUGAGCUUUGGGGUUUUAUAUUUGUUAUGCUUGCUGCUGUCAUGUCCGGAUUCCGAUGGACGAUGACACAAAUUCUACUCCAGAAAGAAGCCUAUGGUCUAAAGAAUCCACUUGUUUUGAUGAGCUACGUGACACCAAUUAUGGCAAUUGCAACUGGUCUAUUUUCUCUGAUUUUGGAUCCAUGGGAUGAGUUUAGAAAUAGCGAUUACUUUAACAGCUCAUGGCAUAUCGCCCGAAGUUGUUUGCUCAUGUUAUUUGGUGGAACUCUCGCUUUCUUCAUGGUUUUGACGGAAUAUAUUCUCGUGUCUGUAACUAGUGCAGUAACGGUAACUAUCGCUGGGGUUGUGAAAGAAGCUGUUACUAUUUUGGUAGCCGUGUUGUAUUUCCACGAUGAAUUCACAUGGCUGAAAGGGUUUGGCCUCCUAACGAUAAUUUUCGGUGUCAGCUUAUUCAACUGGUACAAGUACGAGAAGUUGCAGAAAGGCGAAACGACCGUCGGAUCACCAACACAUGACGCAGCUUCAAAAUAUGUUAUCCUUGAUGAGAUGGAUGAGGAAGACGAUGGCCCUUAAAACCUCAAUUUGUGCAUUUGAAUCGAUAAACUUUGAGAAUGACAAUGGUAGCAUCGUAUCUUCAACUUGUCAAACGGACCAUGUAUCGUUGAUUCGAUUAUACGGAGGAAAUUAAAUGUAACCACAUACGGGAAAUGAAUUUGUGAAUGAUUUAUAAACAUUUGUACCGUUUGUUGAGACGGGCUGACGUCGAUUUUCUUGUAUCAAUGUUGUGCAAAGUGAUGUAGAGUUUAUAAUUUUCGGGACUUGAGAUUCAAUUGCCACAAUUAUUUGGACUGUAUAUUAUAGUAUUCUACUUGAUUUUCAUCUUCCUUUUCUA